CCCUGUCCCCGAGUGUCGCCAUAUUCGCCCCGGCGCGCCGCCACCAUGAGCGCCGCCGCCUUCCACAUCUCCAGCCUGCUGGAGAAGAUGACGUCCAGCGACAAGGACUUCAGGUUCAUGGCCACCAGUGACCUGAUGUCAGAGCUGCAGAAAGACUCCAUCCAGCUGGACGAGGACAGUGAGCGCAAGGUGGUGAAGAUGCUGCUCAGGCUCCUGGAGGACAAGAACGGCGAGGUGCAGAACCUGGCUGUCAAGUGCCUGGGCCCUCUGGUGGGCAAAGUGAAGGAGUACCAGGUGGAGACCAUUGUGGAUGCCCUUUGUGCCAACAUGCGGUCAGACAAGGAGCAGCUCCGAGACAUCGCCGGCAUCGGCCUCAAGACUGUGCUCUCGGAGCUCCCCACUGCAGCGACAGGUUCCGGACUGGCUACCAACGUGUGCCGGAAGAUCACAGGACAGCUCACCAGUGCCAUCGCCCAGCAGGAGGAUGUGGCUGUGCAGCUGGAAGCCCUGGACAUCCUGUCUGACAUGCUGAGCAGGCUGGGAGCCCCUCUGGGCGCCUUGCACGCCAGCCUCCUGCACUGCCUGCUGCCGCAGCUGAGCAGCCCGCGCCUGGCCGUGCGCAAGCGGGCCGUCGGGGCGCUCGGCCACCUGGCGGCCGCCUGCAGCAGCGACCUCUUCGCCGAGCUCGCCGACCACCUGCUGGAGCGGCUGCCUGGCCUGCGCGCACCCGCCAGCCCCGCCGCCAUUCGCACCCUGGUCCAGUGUCUGGGCAGCGUCGGCCGCCAGGCCGGCCACCGCCUGGGGGCCCACCUGGACCGCCUGGUGCCCCUGGUGGAGGAGUUCUGCAACCUGGAUGAUGAUGAGCUCCGGGAGUCCUGCCUGCAGGCCUUCGAGGCCUUCUUGAGGAAGUGCCCCAAGGAGAUGGGCCCUCAUGUGCCCAAUGUGACCAGCCUUUGCCUCCAAUACAUGAAGCAUGACCCCAACUAUAACUAUGACAGUGACGAGGACGAGGAGCAGAUGGAGACAGAGGAUAGUGAAUUCAGUGAGCAAGAGAGUGAGGACGAGUACAGCGACGACGACGACGCCAGCUGGAAGGUGCGCCGGGCCGCGGCCAAGUGCCUGGCGGCCUUGAUCGGCUCGCGGCCCGACCUGCUGCCGGCUUUCCACCGCACGCUGGCGCCCGCGCUCAUCCGCCGCUUCCGGGAACGCGAGGAGAACGUCAAGGCCGACGUGUUCGGGGCCUACAUCGCGCUGCUGCGGCAAACGCGGCCCCCGAAGGGCUGGCUGGAGGCGGUGGAGGCGCCCGCGCAGACCGGCAGCAACCUGAGCGCGCUGCGAGGACAGGUGCCCCUUGUGAUCAAGGCCCUGCAGCGGCAGCUUAAAGAUCGGAGUGUCAGGGCCCGCCAGGGCUGCUUCAGCCUUCUCACCGAGCUGGCAGGCGUCCUCCCCGGCAGCCUGGCAGGACACAUGCCCGUGCUGGUGUCAGGCAUUGUCUUCUCACUGACCGACCGUACCAGCUCCUCCACCAUCCGGAUGGACGCCCUGACCUUCCUGCAGGGGCUACUGGGCACAGAGCCAGCCGAGGCCUUCCACGCGCACCUGCCCACCCUCCUGCCACCUGUGAUGGCCUGUGUGGCCGACCCUUUCUACAAGAUCUCAGCUGAGGCCCUGUUGGUGCUACAGGAGCUCGUGCGAUCCCUGUGGCCACUGGACAGGCCACGGAUACUGGACCCUGAGCCAUACGUUGGAGAGAUGUCCACGGCCACCCUGGCACGACUCCGCACCACUGACCUGGACCAGGAGGUGAAGGAGCGGGCCAUCUCCUGCAUGGGCCACCUUGUGGGCCACCUGGGCGACCAGCUUGGGGAUGACCUGAAGCCCACAUUGCUGCUCCUCCUGGACCGCCUGCGAAAUGAGAUCACCCGGCUGCCCGCUGUCAAGGCACUGACACUAGUGGCCAUGUCCCCGCUGCAGCUUGACCUGCAGCCCAUCCUGGCCGAAGCACUGCACAUUCUGGCCUCGUUCCUGCGCAAGAACCAGAGGGCACUGCGGCUGGCCACGCUGGCUGCCCUGGAUGCCCUGGCCCAGAGCCAGGGACACAGUCUCCCACCGUCCGCCGUGCGGGCCGUGCUGGCCGAGCUGCCUGCCCUGGUCAGCGAGAACGACAUGCACGUGGCCCAGCUGGCUGUGGACUUCCUUGCCACUGUGACUCAGGCCCAGCCGGCCUCCUUGGCAGAGGUCAGUGGCCUUGUGCUGUCUGAGCUGCUACGGUUGCUGCAUUCACCCCUGCUGCCAGCGGGCGUGCUGGCGGCCACUGAAGGCUUCCUGCAGGCUCUGGUGGGGACCCGCCCCCCAUGCGUGGACUACUCUGAGCUCAUCAGCCUGCUCACAGCGCCUGUUUAUGACCAGGCUGUGGACAGCAGGCCAGGCCUGCACAAGCAGGUGUUCCACUCGCUGGCUCGUUGCGUGGCAGCGCUCUCAGCUGCCUGUCCCCAGGAGGCAGCAGACAUGGCCAACCGCCUGGUCUGCGAUGCCAGGUCGCCCCACUCAAGCACGGAGGUCAAGGUCCUGGCGUUCUUGUCGCUGGCCGAGGUGGGUCAGGUGGCUGGGCCAGGCCCCCAGCGGGAGCUGAAGGCGGUGCUCCUGGAAGCCUUGGGGUUGCCUAGUGAGGACGUGAGGACCGCAGCCUCCUACGCUCUGGGUCGUGUGGGUGCUGGCAACCUGCCCGACUUCCUGCCCUUCCUGCUGGGACAGAUGGAGACCGAGCCCCGGCGGCAGUACCUGCUGCUGCACUCGCUCAGGGAGGCCCUGGGGGCCGCCCAGCCUGACAGCCUGAAGCCCUAUGCCGAGGACAUCUGGGCACUGCUGUUCCAGCAUUGCGAGGCUGCUGAGGAGGGCACCCGGGGGGUGGUGGCCGAGUGCAUCGGGAAGCUGGUCCUGGUGAACCCUCCAUUCCUUCUGCCCCGCUUACAGAAGCAGCUUGCUGCAGGUCGGCCACAUACCCGGAGCACUGUCAUCACAGCGGUCAAGUUCCUCAUCUUGGACCAGCCCCAUCCCAUUGACCCCCUCCUGAAGAGCUUCAUCGGAGAGUUCAUGGAGAGCCUGCAGGACCCAGACCUGAACGUGCGCCGCGCCACUCUGGCCUUUUUCAACUCGGCCGUGCACAAUAAACCCUCGCUGGUCCGGGACCUGCUGGACAACAUCCUGCCCCUCCUCUACCAGGAAACAAAGAUCCGCCGGGACCUCAUCCGAGAGGUGGAGAUGGGGCCCUUUAAGCAUACAGUCGAUGAUGGGCUAGAUGUGCGGAAGGCGGCCUUUGAGUGCAUGUACUCACUGCUCGAGAGCUGCCUGGGCCAGCUGGACAUCUGUGAGUUCCUGAACCACGUGGAGGAUGGGCUGAAGGACCACUACGACAUCCGGAUGCUGACUUUCAUCAUGCUCGCACGGCUGGCUACUCUGUGCCCUGUGCCUGUCCUGCAGAGGGUGGACCGGCUCAUUGAGCCACUCAGGGCCACCUGCACUGCCAAGGUCAAGGCUGGUUCCGUGAAGCAGGAGUUUGAGAAGCAAGAUGAACUGAAGCGCUCUGCCAUGAGGGCAGUGGCCGCCCUGCUGACCAUCCCCGAGGUGGGGAAAAGCCCCAGCAUGGCCGACUUCUCCACCCAAAUCCGAGCCAACCCAGAACUUGCUGCCCUCUUUGAAAGCAUCCAGAAGGAUUCUGCUUCAGCGCCCAGCACGGACUCCAUGGAGCUCAGCUAGCCCUCCCCCAGUGUCCAGGUGGGCCCUCGCUCAAGAAAAAGGAGCCCACCAAAGCCCAAGGCCUCACCUCCCACUGCAGGCCUCAGGCCUCUCCUUUUGCCCUCCCAUCAUCUCACUAGGGGCCCCUGCUCCUGGUGAGGGCUUACAGUGCCUUCUCCAGGGACCCAAACUCCAGGCACCAGCCUGAGCUGAGGCUGCCAGCAGUUGGGCCCUUUAACUCAGGACAGUCAUUCAAAGAAACAGGGUGAGGUUUCCAGUGAUUUCUACCGUAUUCCCCCUCGUAUUAGUUAGUCUGGUUCCUGCAAGCUGGGGAGUCCCUUCCUGCCUCCCCAAGUAGUAUUUAAAGAUAGACUCUGGUCACAGCUGUGACAAGUUAGGAGACAGCAGGCAUAUUUCUUUACUUCACUUUAUCUGGAUUCUGCGAUGCCAGAAGUCAGUGCUUGUGUAGCAAACUGGGCAACAGAGAGGUACAAGUCACCUUUCAGGUCAACACCCAGGCAUAAUCAACUGUUUGUGUCCUGAGGAAAAGUUCUGAACGUGUCAUUUCCAGUUUUUAGUUUGAGGACACAAAAAUGUAAGUGACAGGCCAAAGUAUUUUCUGUGAUGUCCCAGGUUAAUGAAUAGACCCUAAGAGGGAUCAUAACCUUAACAAACAAUAAUGUUGUCUAAGGAAGGUUCAGAGCUGCAGUUAAAAAGGAAGCUUUGUCAUGCUAAACAUGAGAUCACCAACCAAGAGGCCUGAUCCUCACCAGUGAGACCCCACACCUUGGGAAACUGGUACAAUUAGGCCUGAGGCAGCAGCUGGGGGAGGGGAGGCCACCUUCCAGUACCCAAGGCUGAAUCAUCCUGCUGUGUCUUUGGACAGAAGUCAUGGGAUGCUAUCUCUGCACCCCAUAAGAAUUUUGGAGUACGGAAGAAACUCUUCUGGACACUUUGAUGCAAGUUUUCUCAGUUCUCACAAGAACCAUCAUGGGUAACUGUCAUCAGCUUCACAAAGUGAAGCUAGGAACAGCUACUUGUUGCCUGGGAGAUGCAAGCUUCCUCAUUUCAGUGUCUCAAUUGACAGCCUACUUUGGUCUGAGGGCCAGCUCUUCCUCCCUCUUCCCCAGCCCCAACUGGAGCUGAAUGAGGCUAGCCUGGGCACCUGAGGCCAUGUUCCCUGUUCAAGGUUGAGUGUCCUUUAUAAACCCUCCAAGUGGGAAGACUCCGCUGGGUGUUAACAGGCAAAAGAACAAUCUCUGUGACAAGCUGUCAAAGUUCGUCAAGAAACUGAAAACUAAAACCAAGGGAGGAAAAUGCCAGAUGGCAGUUUUUACGGUUUUAUUUAAACAAAUAAAACGUGCACAUGAGCUAUUCGUUUUCUUCGCUGCGCAGCCUGGCAUUGGGAUUGGUGACUUUGAUGGCCAGUUGGGCUGCUCUUUCCACAAUGGCUUUGCGGUUCUUGGAGGAAACAUUGUGAGCAAUCUCAGCACAGUAAGAUCUGGAAGAGAAUAAUUAAGUGGGUAAGGAACAAGCCAGCCCUGAACACACACUUAUAGAACUCUACUGGGGAGGCCAUGGCUUUAUUCACUCUAACCUCCGAGUCACAGCACCAGAGAGAGAUGCUUGGUCAAUGGCUGCUGACUGAGACCUACAUGCCCCCAAACCCCAAGGUCCCCUGAUUCCAUGGUACCAGUGGGUAAGGCUCCUGCAGUGCUCCCUGGUAGUAAUAAGAAGGCUCUAGUUUAUCAAGCACCCGCACUGUCCCCUCUCACUUAAUCCUCCAGCAGCCAUGUAUCCAGGUAUCAUCUCCAUUUUACAGAUGAGGAAACCAAGGCCCACAAAGGUGGAAGUGAAUUCCCAAGUCACAAAGCAAAUAAUGGAACAGGACAAGGACAAACACAGGCCCAGACCCCAGGUCCAAAGAUUCUCUCUCAGUACUAAUUGGCCCAACCCCACCCCCCAGUCUCCGGGUGCUUGGCCUUGCCCAUGAGAAGUUUUGGAUAUCUCUGCAAAGUGGCCAAGAGCAGAAUACAAGUCUGAAUCAAAUCAAGGGCUCCUAGUUUGACUGUUGAGGACACAAUUCAGGUUGAGAGAAGUAACACUGCCUAAAGUCACCCAGUCAGUAACAAGCCCUCACAUAUCUCGAGUACUGAGUAUGCCAGGUACUGUUGUAAUUAAUUCCUCACAAGUACAAGAAGCAGCUAUGCUCUGCCCCAGUUUGAUGCAAAAUGGCUUAAGGAGCAGUCUUAGUAAGGAGGUGGCUUAUCAAGCCAUCGACCGUGGGUUACAAACAGACAUUCCACCCCUGAAGCAAUUUCAGCCACGACAGAAGCAGGACUGUAAGGAAUGAUUAAAUGGGGCUGUGGGCAUAGCUUAAGAACACUGUGGGAAAAUAACUGUAACACAAGAGAUGAGUUAACCCACACAAAGAAUUUUUUCUUUUAUAUAGAGGAGUCCACUAGUUCAAAGUAGCUAUAUUUUAAAAUGAGUCUAUGUUUUUAAGACUAGGUUGCAUUACACUUAAAAACAAAAAAACCCUCCCCGUCCUGGUCCACCUACAUAUUUGAUAACCACAGUCACAGUGCACUAACCAUUUUAAAUGCAUCCCGCGCCCUGGCAUGUUCCACACUUUUGCAUGACAACCACUUUGGAUGUGUAAUAUUCCACCCAGUACUCUACCACUUACUAAUUAAAUUUUCAGUUGUUUCCAACUGGUUA